CUCUCUCUCUGUAUAAUCUUGUAUUCUCUCUCUAGACUUUCAGCAGUAAACCCCGCAAAAAAUCACAAUUCUCUCCCUCUCUCUCUCUCUGUGGGCAUCGACUUCAAAGCCCAAAUCUACAGUUUUUAUUUGCUCGAAAUUCAGAGAGUAGAUUUCUUUUUGGUAUUUAGGAUCUAAGUUUAUUGGGCCUUGACGAGCAGCGGCGGGCAAAGUAUGAGGAUUCUAUGAGUUUUGAACUGUGAUGGCUUUCCCAUAUACAUCAACAUCAAUAGUGCCUUCAGAACUGUCAGAGCAAAGAGGAGCAAAUAUAUCAGAUUCAAACACAAACAUGUUUCAAGCUCCAACAAACCAGCCCAGCCGAGGCUCCUUUGAUGGUCCUGUGGCUAUCUUUUGGGAUAUUGAGAACUGCCCUGUCCCUAGUGAUGUCCGUCCAGAAGAUGUAGCUGGUAAUAUCAGAAUGGCUUUACAGGUGCAUCCCAUAAUUAAAGGAGCAGUUAUGACGUUUUCUGCUUAUGGGGACUUUAAUGGCUUCCCUAGACGACUCCGUGAGGGAUGCCAGAGAACUGGUGUUAGACUAAUUGAUGUUCCAAAUGGAAGAAAGGAUGCUGCUGACAAAGCUAUCCUGGUUGAUAUGUUCCUGUUUGCCCUUGACAAUCCUCCACCUUCUUCCAUCAUGCUCAUCUCCGGGGAUGUUGAUUUUGCUCCAGCACUUCAUAUACUUGGGCAACGUGGAUAUAUUGUUAUCCUGGUAAUUCCAUCUGGAGUUGGUGUUUCAUCUGCUCUCAGCAAUGCUGGUAAGUUCGUGUGGGACUGGCCUAGUGUGGCUCGUGGAGAUGGCUUUGUACCUGCUACUAAAGUUUUAAUGCAUCCUCGUGGGGGUCACACUGAUAUUUCUGGGUAUCUUAUGGGUUGCCAUAUCAAUGAUAAUGUGGAUAUCCAAAAUGAAGAAGAAGCUAUCUUGUAUCAGGGAAUAUCACAAAGCUAUUACAACUCGAGAGAUUUUUCAAUAGUCUCACAAUCACUGUCUGAAUUCAACAGUAGUUCCAUAAUGGUGCCUUGCUGUCCUACUGCUUCAAGGUCACACAGUCUCCCAUCUGGUCUCAAUGAAGUUUCUGCUGGGCCUACAACAUCUGGUGAUCAAAAUGAAUCUACUUGGUGGGUCCAGCCAGGGGACCUAAAUGGUCUGAAGGGACAGCUUGUAAGACUGCUUGAGCUAUCGGGAGGUUGCAUGCCUCUAAUGAAAGUUCCAACCGAGUAUCAGAAAGUUUUUGGAAGGCCUCUUUAUGUAUCAGAGUAUGGUGCAUUCAAGCUCGUAAAUCUGUUCAAGAAGCUGGGUGACACAAUGGCUGUAGAGGGAAAAGGGAACAAGAGAUUUGUCUACCUCCGGAACUGUAAAACGGGCACGAGUGCACCACCUUUGGUUUUGUUAAAGAGGGAUAACAAGAAAGGGAAGGGGACUCAAGAAGAGUGCAUGGAUAUUACUACAGGCAAUGGCUCAUCAGAUGAGUUCUCAGAGGAGGAAAGAGUUGUUGUAGAAGAAUACGAUGAGACGAGCCAAGGAAAGACCAAUGUGAGAACAGUAGGUGAAUGUGGAAUUGAUGAUCCUAGUCUGGAGAAUUUCAAAUAUGAGCUGCAAGAGAUUCUUGUCAGCUACUCUUGUCGGAUUUUCUUGGGUUGUUUUGAGGAGGUCUACCAGCAGAGGUAUAAAAAGACGCUGGACUAUCAGAAGUUUGGAGUUAAUCAGCUAGAGCAACUGUUCGAGAAGGUGACAGAUGUGGUGGUGUUGCUUGAAGAGCCAGUUGGCAAGAGGAAGUUCCUGGCUGCAAGUGGUGGCUAUAAAAAUUAA